AUGCUUCGCCGUCUUCGAAAUUUUUUUAGCCGCAAAGUUGUUAUAUUUUCAAAUACAAUAAUUAUUUUUUUUAUCACAGAGAAGGUCCUUCUUCCCGAAUGCCAGCGUCGCUCCUUCCGAAGUCGAUCAGCGAACUCAACGCAACAGGUGUGAGAUAAAGACAGUGCGAAAAAAUGACGAGGAAGAAGCUGGAUUUCAUAAUGGUUUGAUCGGCGUUUAAGCUUUGAAAACAGUUUUUUUUCAAGGAGCGAUGAACGUGACGGUACUGAGCAGAUCGCCUUCUCGAAAGCGGAUCAAUAGGCCGUGUAAGUUUAUCAAAUUGAAACUAGAUGCUUGUGGAUUUUAUUGAACAUUUUUUUUAGUUGGAGAGAGCGAAGUUGUAACGGAAAGCUGCUUCUCUCUCAAUCGCACCUGUGAAAGAAGCUUUGAGAAUACAUUGUUAAGCCAGGAUCAUAUUGAAGGUUUCAAUUUCGACCGGAAUUGAGUGGAUUUCUUAUUUCUAGAUCUGGAAAAGCCUCAAAAUUCGUGCAUUCCGACGCCACCGCCUAGCGACGAUUCCGAUGGCAAAAGUCAUCCAGGAACGAGCUCUCCGGAAUAUUCAGUGUAUUCCAACGAGAGUGAAGAAAAUCGUCCCUUGAAGGUUUCGAAGAAGCCAGAAUUCCGCUUAUUUUCGAUUUCAGAAUGGUAAUUUGCCGAACGAAUUUGCCAACGACUCGCAAACCUGCGGACAUUCGUCCUUCCUUAAUUUCUUGGACAGUUUGCCCGAACAAGGCAUGAGCAACGAGGAGAUGGAGAAACGGAUGCGGGAUGUAAGUUUUUUGAUAGAAUAUUGUGCUAGUUACAGUGUUGAAAAAUUAAGCAUUUUACGUAUUAUUUCUGUUUAACACGCUUACAUAAGUUUUCAUGAGAGUAUCUGGACGAUUUUCAGUUAUAUAAAUAGCAAAAACCUUUAAAACAUCACAGCAAAGAACUUUAAACUAAUUUAAAGUUUUCUAAUUUUAGUUUAUACGUAAAUUGAACCUUUUCAGAUGGAUAACGAGCUGAAAGGACUUUUGGAUAAACCGGCCCCUUUUCCCGUUUCAUCUUCUCGCUUGACACCUUUUUUCACGGACGAAGUUUAA